ACAGAGACUGAGAGAGACAGAGAAGCACGAUGGCUGCAUUCACAUGGAUUCAAAUGUCUUCAUUACUGAUACUGAUGCUUCAGUUUAAAGGAACAACUGAGCAAAAUCAAACUGUUCAAACUGUCACAGCUGGACGUGGACAUGAUGUUACUCUGCCUUGUAAAAAUGCGAUACAAGGUCAGCAUAACUGUAACAGUACUACCUGGAUCUUCAGUGAAUCAAACAGCUCAGUAGAACUCUUUAACCUUGGGCAGAAUAAAGAAGCCAAACCUAAAUCAGACAGACUGAGUCUUUCUGCAGACUGUUCUCUGGUUAUAAAGAAGGUCACAGAUCAGGAUGUUGGUCGUUACACCUGCAGACAGUUCAAAACAGCAACAGGAUCACAAGAAGGUCCAGACUUUACGAUUCAUCUGUCUAAAGUAAAAACAUCAGGAGAAAACAAAAGACAAUGUGGCAACAACACGGGACUGAGCUUAAACCCUGCAGAUACUCAGUCUGGUCCAGGAUCCAGUCAGGACACGGCUGAUGCUGAUGAUGGUGUUUCCUACGUCUCCAUCAGUUUCACCAAGAAGUCCAAGAAUAAAUCCAGGUCCCGUGGUGAUGAUGAUGAAGGUGACACUGUGACCUACAGCACUGUGAAAGCUUCCUCUUCACCUGCUCGAGUUUCCACUGAUCCCAACAACCUCUACUCCACCAUCAAUUACCCAAGGAAAUAGGAUGUUAGUCAUGCUAAGUUUUUUAACUAUAUAGAUAGAUGGAUAGAUAGAUAGAUGGAUAGAUGGAUAGAUAGAUAUACAUUUUUUCAGUUCACUUAUUAGUUUUGGUAACUCUGAGUCAAACAUUAAGUCUGAUUAUGUUUACUUGAGAAUACAAAGACUGCAGGAUUACUUUUUCAUACCACUGCAUGUGCUCAUAGAUUCAGUGGAUUACUUUGAACAAGGUGAACAUUAUUACAUUGAAUGUUAUUAUAUUAAUAUUCACCUUAACGUUUCUUAAAUCGAUUUAGGUCAUUUUUUAAUUUUUUUUAAGUAGAAUAUAAAAACAAGUAAACAAAAAACUAAACCAACACAAAACACAACGUUACAAAUAGUGUACUAGUGAAAAUAACAUGUCUGUUUGCACAUGCCUAGUUUGUGGGAUUAAUUUCAGUGUUAACCAGAAUCCUUAAAUAGUAGUUACUGUUUCAGGGCUCUGGUGAUGUGUCUUACUAUGCUGUGCUGACCUGCUUUCCACCUUCAUGGUACAGUAAGCAGAAUCUGAGCUUUUUAAUGCAUGCUAAACUUUUUGCUAUAAAUAUACCAACACUGCAGCAGUGCUUUCAAUGAUAUCCUGUGAUUAUUGGAGUCAAUACAGUGACAUAAGUGUAUGGGUAAAAGUACACUUUGGUCUAUGCACAGACAAAGUAUGUGAUGGAACAGCAUGGUUAGCAGGUGACACAGCAAAUGUUCAGACUCACAUAUGACAGUGUUAGAUAAAUGAGAAUAUUCUGCACGUUCAUAUAAAUGAAUUAAUGAAACACUGCACUAAUAUUAACAUUAUAAACGAUCACAAUAGUGAUCUCCCUAUGACUGUUUAAUUCUGGAGCAAUUAGCACUAAAAACAGAACUGUGUAAAUGUUAGACUUUUCAUUAGGCUGACAUGUAGUAGUAAUUACAAAGUGUGAAGUUUAAGUAAACUGUUUUCUUUUCCAGUUUCAUUAGGAAAUUUAUGAUUACUCACUGUUUGCACACCAAACUUUAUGGUUCUUUCCCCCAGUUUGUUAAAUUCUUAAGGACAGUGAAUUCAAGAAAAAAAACAGCAAACAGACAUUUGUCACCAGCUGUCUUCAUGAGAAGUUCACAGAAAGAAGAAGUGCAUGAUAUGUAUGUGGUCAGCAUUAGAGGGUUAAACCUCCACAGCUCUGCAUAUCCUCACCAAACCACUUCCCUUCAGAAACAAUACAUACAAAAAAAGAGACAGGAAAGAAAAUGUUCAAUGGGACCACCAAUAAAUUUUAAUGGGUUUUGUUGGUUGUUUUUGUGCUUUACUCUUUUCUGGCAUCGUUGUAUUAUACUCAAUUGUAUAUAGCAUUUCUAUUCUAUUUUAUUCUAUUGUAUGUAGUAUUUUAUUUUAUUCUAUUCUAUUAUGUACAGUUCUGCACAGUAUCUUAUUGAUAUCUUAUUCCAGUGGUUUUUUU